CGCCGCCAGAGGGUCUCGAAGCCGCCCCGCACGACCGGGGGCGGGAGCCCAGCCGCCGUAGGACACGACUGUCGGAGGGGCCGCGCAGGAGCCUCCGGGACCCAGCCGCCUCCACGCCCGUGCCACGCGCCAGGCCCACAGGGGCCGGGUGACCAGCGGGGACUCCCAAACCCCGGCCCCAAAGGCGCCAUAAGGAAAAGAGCCGCAGGGGGCCUAGGCGUCCUCCCCGGGAGGGGGAACUGCCUUCGGGAUGGGGGAGGGGCCGGCAUCCCGCCAUAAAACGGAGGCAGGGUUUCAGUUUAAAAGACGCCGUCCGGUCUUCCAUGUCCUCUCGCGUGGGAGGCUGCGCCCGCACACCGCCGGCCCGUUCUUCCCUCACACUCACCGGGACCCCAGGGCCUGUCCGGCCAGCCCAGGCUCAGCUUCGAGGCGGCGGCGGCCAAGGCGCCCGAGCGCGGGAGGAGGGGCCGCGCCACUGUGGCCCUCGCGCUCCCGGGCGCUCCUGCAGGGCAGCCCCUCUCCCUCCCGCGCGCCUCAAGCCCUGCCCGCCAGGCCCCAGGCCCAGGCUUGGCUGCCGCACUCACCGCCUCGCUCCGCGCCUGCGCCGCGCACCUCAGGGGCCCGCCGACUAGGCGGGGAGGUGACUAGGACAGCCUUUUCUGCCUCAGGCAGAAAUAGAAAUAUAGACCACGAUGAUGGAGACUUACCAGAUGUGCACAAGAAGCUGCCAUCCAGUGCUGGAGAGGACCGAGCCUUGCUGCUGGGCUUUGCAAUGAUGGGCUUCUCAGUCCUCAUGUUCUUCUUGUUUGGAAUUACCAUCCUAAAGCCUUUCAUGCUCAGCAUUCAGAGAGAAGAGUCGAACUGUACUACCAUCCACACUCAUAUCACGGACGACUGGAUGGACUGCGCUUUCCCCUGUGGUGUAGGCUGCCGAGGCCGGGGCGAGUACCCAUGUCUUCAGGUGUUUGUGAACGUCACCCAUUCAGGUCAGAAAGCUCUCCUACAUUAUAAUGAAGAGGCUGUCCAGAUAAAUUCCAAGUGCUUUUACACACCCAAGUGCCACCGAGAUAGGAAUGAUUUGCUCAACAGUGUGCUGGACAUAAAGGAAUUCUUUGAUCACAAAAACGGGACGCCCUUUUCAUGCUUCUACAGUCCAGACAGCCAAUCUGAAGAUGUCAUUCUCAUAAAAAAGUACAACCAGAUGGUUAUCUUUCACUGUUUAUUUUGGCCUUCACUGACUCUGCUAGGGGGUGCCCUGAUUGUUGGCAUGGUGAGAUUAACACAGUACCUGUCCCUGCUGUGUGAAAAAUACAGCGUUGCACUCAGAGAUGAGGUAGGUGGCAAAGUACCUUAUAUGGAACAGCAUCGAUUCAAACUGUGGAGUGUGGGGAGGGACAAAGAAAGGGGCAGAAAGAUCUUAAGACAGUGGCCAGAUUAAAGUCCUGGCCUUCAGAUACCUGCAAUUUUUUCACCUGUGGACCUAAUGACGCCUGCUCGCAAACUAACCACGUAGAGGCAAUUCAAACUAAGUACAUUUCUUUUGGGAAACAUUUUAAAAAAGCCUAUGUAUUCCAUUUAUUCUAUGAAUACAUACAAACUCACCAUCUUUUUUCUACCCCACAUUUCUUUCCACAUGAGCCAAGGAAGUGCUUUUUGUCUCCACAUGGUGAAAUGAGCUCACAGUAGCUGUGCUUUAUCUAAUUUCAGCUCUAGCCGAACUUGUCCGUGUGGAAGUAAAUGAUGGAGGGUAUCUAACCUAUUGGGUACUGAACAGCCAGCCUAGGUCUAUGCAACACAGUUUACAUCAAAACAUUUCCCAAAAAAGUGCUUAGUGAAGAACAGGUCAUUCACUGUUAGGAAGAUAAUAAUCUGGUAAUUUCAAAAAAAUGUGGGCUGACCAUUUUGCUUCACCAUUCAUGAUAAAGGAAAGCUGCUCCUAGCAAAUGGCACUGAGUUUAGAGUUCUCUGUACUUAACCUUGCCAUGUACCAUGUAAUUUUUCUUUCAGCAACAUUCUCCUAGUUAAUUAUGCUUUCCAUAAGCUCAUUUUCUUCUUUGUGCACAUUCUGGUGGGGGUGGGAGAGAUGGCCAGAAACGUGAAGUAGGGAGAAGCUGUAUUGGAUGGAAUUUAACAUUCAUCUCAGAUAAUCUGCAAUUGUAGAAAAGUCCCACGUGGACAGUCAGCAAACAUCUGUACUUUAAUGACUCAACCCUGGUUAUUAACUAAUGAAUGUCACAAGGCUCUCCCAACAAGUGCUUUCCAGAGUAAGCUGAAUUGGGAAUUGAAAACAUGUUAUUUGUUCUGAAAACCAAUGUGCCUCAAAGUAUCUCUUCAAUUUUACUAAAAAAGUUUUACAUCAUGGUCCACAGAAAGAAUGAGACUUUGAAGCAACUUUUAUAUGCAGAUGUAAUUAAAACAGAAAUUUUGAUUCCAAGUAAAUAUUAUGCCUUUUAGCAGUUAAUUUCAAAUCACAAAUUACUGAAGAGACUGAAUGAUUAAAUAGAGCAAUAUUGACUUGACAAGUAAUGAACAAUUUUGGUACUUUCUCCUCCUCCUAGUGUGGAAUAGUAGAAAACACAUGUGUUUCAGAGGAUUUAUUUGAAUUCAUAGGUCAUAACUACAGCUUUUCAGAUACGUAUCCCCCGGAAGUUCAGCUGAACUGAAAUGAAGGUUCAAGCCUCUCUCUUCUCAUUUAUAAAAUGGGGAGAAUCUCUUCCUUCAUGGGGUUAAGGAAGAGACAAGGUAGAGUAUAUAAAACACCUUAGUUUCUUGCACCUAGUAAAAGUGCUCAAAAAAUGUUAGAUAAAUUUUUUUUUGCUAAGUUUCAAUAUUCAGUCAGCCUCUUUUGGGUAUGUAUCCAAAGGAAAUGGAAUCAGUAUCUCCAAGAGACAUCUGUAUUCCCCUGUUCAUUGGAGUAUUAUUGACAAUGGGCAAGAUAUGGAAACAACCAGUGUCCAUUCACAGAUGAAUAAAUUGUGAUCUUACACACACACCCACACACACACACUGUACACACAUAUGUGAGGUGUGUAUACAUAUACACAAUGGAAUAUCAUUCAGUCUUAAAAAAGGAGACCCUGCCAUUUGCAACGGCACAGAUAAACCCAGAGGGGAUUAUGCCAGUAAAAUAAGCCAGACAUAGAAAGGAAAAAACUGCAUUUCACUUAUAUGUGGAAUCUAAAAAUGUCAAAUACACAGAAGCAGAGAGUAAGAUAGCGAUUACUGGGGGUGUGGUCAGGUAGGGGAAAUGGGGAGAUGUUAAUUAAAAUGUACAAACUCUGUUUUAAGAUGAGGUCUAGAGAUCUCACGUACAGCACGGUUAUGGCAAGAAUACUAUAUUGAAUACUGGAAAUUUGCUAAGAAAGUAGAUUUCAGGUAUUCUCAUCACAUAGACACACAUACACACAAUGUGAGGAGAUGAUACAUUGAUUAGCUUGACUAUAAUCAUUUGCUGUACAUGAAUAUCAAAUCAUAUUGUACACCUUAAAUAUAUACAAUUCUCAUUAAAAAAAUAAAAUAAAUUCAGUCAGCCUUGGUACCUUUCACUGGACAGCCGGUUAUAGGGGCUAGCGUAGGGAGCUGUAGGAGAGCAUUCCUUCCCCUUGUCUUGGCGAAAUAUAAUAUGCAUUUAAGAUUCAGAACGUGCUGCUUAAAAGGUUGUGGUAAAUUAUUUUGUAUACCAAAGACUUUCCUGAAAUAAAAUAGAUGUAGGCACACAUAUUUUAAGUCAUUCUACAAAUUGAGAUUCUAUAGAUUUCUAAAGGGCAGAUCUCUAUUCCAUUUCUUAGUAAGUUUUGACACCCAUCUAACAACGUGCAGUUCUUGGGAUUUUUCUCCUAACAAAUUCAAAACCACUCGUUUAAAGCCUAAAAAGUGUGUGAAAGUGUGAAACCUAGUGUUGCAAUUACCAGUUUUCCACUCAUACAGUGCGGCUACUUGGUUCAUCUCGUAACCUCAUCUCAGGAAAGAGGAACAUUAUGCUUGGAGAACAAAGUCCAUUUAGAAUAAUGUUAAUUCAAAGUCACGCAAACCAUUUGGCAAAGAGACAAAAUGUGAGCAAUCAUUUGCUGUUAAUUGCUUAGAAGAACAGAGUAUCAACACUCACAUGUAUGUACUACUGGUCCAAGUACAGACUCCCCUUUUGCAAGGUUUACGAUAACUGAAAGUAAAAUCAGUUUGCUUCUAGCCCAACCUCACUUCUAGGUUCUGGUCUUCAACUGACUUGAAAAAAAGUCUGUCUGCAUGUACAAACACAUUCAUAUGUAUAUGUGUAUGUUUCUGCUUGAAACACAAACAUACAAUUCUUUUUGCUUAAAGGAAAUGAAUAUUCAAACAGAUAUUUCUCUAAUAUUCAUUACUGGGGCAGAAAAAUUGCUUUUAAGGCAUGAUAGUUUCAGGUUUUCAAUCAACUAUUCUUAGUUGUUACUGAUCAGAACUCAAGUUCAGCUAAAUUUUGACUAUUAGCAACACCGGUUUGCUUGUAAGUAUUCCAAAAAAAUGGCAAAGUAUAAUUAUCACAGUUUCUUGUUUAAAAUAUGUAGUACACUAAGGACUGCUUAGACACCAGUCAUUUUUUUUUUUUUUUUUUUUUUUUUUUUUUUAAUAAACAGCGUGAUGUUACAGACUGCAAAGUUAAAAGAAAAGCAGACAUUGACAGUUUCUGAUGAGCACAAACAGUAAGUGCAGUCACAGGCCAAACAUCUUGCUAGGAACAGCAAGACUGGGAAGAGGUCUUAAAUUUAGUGACACUGUAUUAUUCUGUAUUCUCAGUACAAUAACACAUGCAUCUUGCUGUGUCAAACCUUUUUGGGCCAUCAGUAAAAGAAUAUGUAAAAACAUUUUUCUCCUAAUGAAUGCAGUAUACCACAGGACUUCAAUUCAUUGAAUGACAAAAUAGAAAUAGAUUUGCUACAAUUAAAAGGGGCCACAAGAGGGUGGUAGGGGCUGUUUUUUGAAGCUUCCAAAGUCAACAUUUGAUGUGUUUGUAGUCUUCUUUUGGUAAUGCCACAUUCCCCAAGAUAGUAAAGCGUUAUGUUCCAAAAGGAUAUAUUCUUUUAGACUGUAUUCAACCCAAGGAAGUCUGAGGACUGAAUCACAUCAAAACUAUCAAUUGUAUUUGACUUAGGUUCCGUAGCCAAAAGCGUUUCUAGAAACCACCUGAAGUCCAAGCUCUCCAACCACUCUUCAGAACAUAUAUUAAAUGUGAUAGGGGCUUUUUUUUUUUUUUUAAUGAAAUUGAUAGAUCAUGACUACAUUUGUAAAUUCAUACUUGAAUUAAUAAGUUUAGUCUUAUUAAAGAUAUUUUGAGAAAAUAUAAAACAAUGAAAUUUUUCUUCCUCCUUGCUUAACCUAGAAGGAGUAACAAAAAUAAGAAUCACCUAAAAAUAUACAUGGCUCUUAGCAUAACCACAAAAUUAUUGUAGUGACAGAUUAAAUAAGGUUUCAGAUAAGAUUUAAGACUUAACUGGCUUACAAAAUGCAUUAAGAAAGCCUUUCCAUACUUACCAACAUGAAGAAUGGAGUCUACUGUUGGUAGUGAAAAUCAGUUACCUAAACUACACUAAACGUACAAUGGACUGAUCCCCUCCCCCCGCCCACCAACCGCCCCCAACCCCCUACUAAAACUCAUGUCAUUGUGUAAAAAGUGAGAAAAUUUCCUUAUGGCUCAUAACUGUCACUUUAUGCUAACUAGCACGGCUGUAAUAUUAACAUGUCUAAAACUAAGGAAAAGGAACGACGCUUCACUGAUAAAAAGAAAGUGUAAAACCUUAAUCAAGUGAAAUACUUGGAUGAAAUAAGUUUAUUUAAAAACUAACAUCCCAACUCGGGAAACUCCUAAUGAAUUCUAAACACUUCUGAGCUUUAGAACCUGAUGCUUACACCUUUUAUAAACGAUACUUCUUGACUAGGACUAGCGAGCAGUGUGUAGGCAAAUAGAAAUGUGUGCAGAUAUACACACACCAAUUGCACUAAUAAUAAAGAAAAGGAAGACAGCUAAUUUCGAAUGCCGAAUUCAAGAACCUAGUACCACAAACCUUCUGGCGCUGUAGCCUUUUCCGUGGCUGGAGCAAUGAUUAAAUUUUAACCAAAUUUUUUUCUUAAUGUCUCCAAUGCCAUUAAAAACAAGGCAUGCCAACUCUGACUUUUUAUAAAUCUAAACUACAGUGCUCUGGAAAUUUCUGUAACAUCAGAGCCUGGUAUUGAAUUGUGACUCAUUUACUUUUUUUCUUAUUAACCUUCUGAGGUAGAGUUACCAAUCCAAUUUUAUCAGGACCAUAGUUAUCUUGAGCUAAACCCCAUAAUCUUUUCAGAAAAUGAAAAUAACUUUGUAAAGAAAAGAAGAAAGGCUUUCCAGGCCAUGGCGUGUAAGAUACAUUUAUAAUUUUAAUGUAACAAUUAAAAAAUAAAAAUGGUUUGUGUUUAUAUUUUAAAAAACAGCCCAGCUGUAUUUCUCUGUCACCAAUAAUUGUUAUCUGAGGAUCCUGUCCAUGCUGAGUUUUAUACUUCAGCCCUCACAAUGCCGUCCUUGAGGAAGAGUUAUUUCCCUCCUGGUAUGCACAGUAUACUCACAGCUUUCUGCCUUGUCUUUCGAAGGCCCCGUCUAAGGCUUCCCUUAGAAGCGCCUCAUCUGAGCAGGAUGGGCACGAAGAAUGUAAUUCAUUCAAACAGACUCCCCCUCUUCUUCUGCCCCCUCCUUCCACAUUCCCCUCUUCUCAAAAACAUCUGAAGUAUGAAAGUUGUUUUUAGAUAGGAGAAGCACCACAAUCCAUUAACACCGCAUAGGGUCUUUAAACUCAAUAUUUUAGUGAUGUCUUGGACAUCAAAAUCGAUUUUUAAGGUGGAUUCCAAGUAUGUGGGUCCAGCCCAGGUCUGCAGUUUGUGUAGACAUAGAAACAAAAGUCAAAACAUUCAGAAAAGGUUAACCUGCUGACUUUAAAAUAAUGCUGGAAAUCAAAUUUUUUUUUUUUUUCAAAGAGUUGGCAAGCAUGGGCUAUUGGGUCAGAAUAGGAAUUAAAUGGAUUUAUAAAAUCGUUAACAAACAAAUCCAAGUUUAUGUGUUGUGAAAUUUCCAUGGUUCUUUUAAAACAGAUAGGCUGCUCAUAAUUUUUUUAUGAUGCUAGAUCGCUCAAUUUUUGAUGGAAAAAGAAUACAGAUGGACUGUGUUUUACCUAUGUGAAAAUCACCAAUCCAUUUAAAAUAAAAUCCAAGAGGGUAUAUACAUUCUAAUCAAGUCAUUGAUUAUUUUCCUGAUUAAUAAGAACUACACUUUACACAAAAUACUUUAUCAGCAGCUGUUUUCAUCAAAAACCAAUAGUCAUAGUUUCACAGUUGAAAAAAUUACACAUUAAAAUAUUUUACAAUUCAUUGUAUAUUCACCAGGUUCCCAUUUCCUAAAGGGCUUAUAAUAUAAAGCAGAUUAGAAGGGAAAACCUCAAAGUUGAUUACUUUGACACUGAGUUUUACAGAGGACACUAAGAACCACAAAAAGCUUAGGUUCUAUCAGAAAAUAGUGACCAAAUUCCAUUCUUCUUUAAAAAAAUCCAAUUAGAAACAUCUUUUUUAAAAACCAAAUUCUACAAUAUGAUUAACAGAUUUCAAAUUAACAGCAGUCUAAAAAUCUUCAAAAUAAAUGAUUCUGUAUAGCUGAGAAUAUGAUAAAAAGUUAAAACAUGAUUUUCAGAUUAUAUCUUACUAGAAUGUGUUUAAAAUUAGGUUUUAUUUUCUUUAGGUUCUUUAAACCUGCUUGGUUUUUUUUUUUUCCUCCGAAAGUCAUUGAAGGAAGUUAUUUCUCAAGUGACCAAAUGAGACUGUCGAGUCAACAGUGGGUUAUACCACAUUCAGUGACAAGAAUGGUCGGCCACAGGAACUGACCAAUCCAUUGGGGGGGGGGGGGGUGGUGACCAGACACUGCACUACCUGGAAACGGCUUACCGUUGACUUGACAUCUUAGUCACCCCAUGUAGCAUUCAAUUCAAUUUUUGGUUCUUUGCCUUCUGAGCACUACCUGGCCUUUUUUUCUUAUUUUUAAUGUUGUUUGCUUAAACUCUGCUUGGAUUUGUUUAAAACUUACUUUGCUUUUAGCGAAAUCACUUAACCUAUAGAAUCUUAAUUCUUAGUAAAAUUUGUCUACGCUUCUUCAAACAGAAUUAACUUGGUUGUAAUAACUAUUGAAAAUAAAUGUAAAUGAUGAAAUAAGCUGUGUGGCUUGUGUUUUAAUGGUGGAGAGGUCCCAGGGGAAGGGAACUAUCUGGGCUCAUGUGAGAAAUGCACAAAUUAUAUACAUUUUGUGCAAGGAAGCUCAAAGCUUUUUUGGCACUCGGGAAAAACGUGGUUCUCGGUUAAAUCUCCAGUUUCUACCAUCAGAGUUUCAGAUUUGUACCAUUUCACUGAGUUUUCCUGUAAUUAAUCCCUGACAUAGAAAAGACUGGGAUGUUAGCAUGUGUUAACUGAAUAUAUCUAAAAGGCACAAAAUGUUAAACAAAUUUUAAUAAGUUAUGAAACCUCUAUCUGCAAAAGAAUCUAUUUGGCUUCCUGCUUAAAAUGGGAGUUUAAAUUCUUCUUAACUAUUCCAAGACAGUUUACAGAAGUAAGUUCCCCUAAUUUUCAAAUUUAUUUUUCUUGUUGGCAAUAUUAUGUACAUGCUUUAGUGAAGUACCUAAAUCUCCAAUAAUUAGGCCCUUUAAGGGUUCUAAAACAGCCAAAUAUUAAGAGUAUUUGUAUUAGAGUCCCUUGUUCGCUAUUCAAGACUUCUAUUAUAGGUAACUGAUUUCAUAAGUGAAUUAUCAUUUAAGUGAUGCUGUUUUACUAGAGUAUAUAAUGUACACUUUUUAUAAAGUUGUAUUCCAAUAAUAUGCCUAAUCUAGAAAACUGUCAGUAAAUUAUUGCACUUUUUCUGGUGUGGCACCUGGACGUUUGCUAAAGCUAUUUCCUAGGGCAUUAAUCAUUCAUUUCAAAUACUGACUAAAAUAACAGAUUCUAGAGUGAUGACUAGCAUUAGCCCCUACAUCUUGGGUUAAUGUUUUCCAAAGUGUUUAAGAAUGCAUCCUGUACUCAAAUGCAAUUUAAUAAAGUUGAAGAGUGAGCCCUAACUGCUUGGAAAUGGGACAUGAUCUUAAAAUGGUUUAAGGUCCUACUUUUAUUAUCAAGAUAUUGCAUAAACAGCCUAAGAAGGUAGAAAGUUCAUGGUUUCUAUUCCCCCAUAUUAUAAAGUAUUAUUCAUGAGCAUACCUGGGUAGAGGGGCUGAAGCAAUCAGGAAGAUAUGCUAUAUUGUGUCAAUUUUGGCAACUAGUUUCAUGAUUGAGGCAUUAUCAACUAUAAAAGAAGGUGGAAAAUGGGGGAUUCAUAUGAAAACAGAAAUAAAAGGAAAGAGGAUGAACUGUAAUCUGUUUUCCUUAUGUAGUUAUACACUAGUCAUUGGUAUAAAUGGGAUAGUGCCUGAGCCUCACCCACGGACCGAGAGAAAAGCUGACCAUGCUGCUACGGACAAUAAAAAAUUUGGGGUGCAAAACAAUGCAUGACUAUGGGACAGAUCAUGUAAAUAAAGAAUAUAUAUUAAUGAUAGUUUCUAUAAUAUAAAUAGCCUUUAAUAAAAAAAAUAAUCUUUUUAAUAACAUUAAUACUCACUUCUAUUUUCUGGAAACAUGCAUGAAAAAUGUAUUCAAUUCAAUUGCAAAAGGAGAAAAAAAAAUCAACCUAAGGCGAAUACUGUACAAUUCUGGAGCAAGAGCUUUUCCUGCUCAUUCUUUCUCUAUGAUGAUUAUUGUACUCUGUGGGAGCCCAGAAUUUCCCUGGGAAAUAAGAAUCAGAUUCUUGUAAAUACUGUCCAGAAAAAAAAAAAAACAAAACAAAACCCAAAAACACCACCUUAUAA